UCUCCAAUAAGUUUGUUUAUAUACUAUCUAAACCCUUAUUAAAAAGCUUGUUCUGGAUAUGGUCGGAUUCUAUCCGUCGCUACCCUAAUCGCGUCUUCGCCCCUCUCCUUCUCCGGCUCUCCCGAAGCCUCCUCCCUCCAUGGUUGCCCCCGACGUUACAGAGAAAGAGGAGGCGGAGGCGAUGAUAGGGCCAGGCCCCGCCGCUCCUCGCUCGCGCCCGAAGCGACCCCUCCAGUUCGAGCACGCUUUCCUCGACGCCCUCCCCUGCGCCCACAUGUAUGAGAAGAGUUACAUGCAUCGGGAUGUGGUCACUCACGUCGCUGUAUCAGCAACGGAUUUCUUCAUCACCGGAAGUAUUGAUGGACACCUAAAGUUUUGGAAGAAGAAAGCUGUUGGAAUUGAAUUUGCGAAGCAUUUCAAAUCUCAUCUUGGUCCUAUUGAAGGACUAGCUGUGAGUACUAUCAUGUCAUUUAUUCUCACAUGAUUUAGGGGGUGUUUGGCCUAGCUUUU